UCUGGUCCCGGAAACACUAAAGCGUCUCAAACUUUACAUGGUUUUCUUCUAAUCGAACUCCUCCGUUUUCUCUUUUAUCCUGUUAGGGUUUUUUUUAACCGAAGUAGUAGAGCCUCUGUAUCCGGAUAAAACCGACUGACUUUGUUCUGUUCACAUUCUGUGUCAUUUUUACUCCGGAUUUAUCUAUUAUUAACUCAGUGAUGCUAAAGUUAGCUUAGCUCACUAGCUGCUAACCGACCUGCCAGUGUGUGAUGGAGACGAACUGUGUCUGAUGGAGUUUACGUGAAGAAAAGGUGAAAAUGGCCCAAAAAGUGCAGAUUUUGAGGUCACUGGUGGAGCAGAGACUAACUGCAGCUGCUGAAGAGAUAUUUGGGCUGUUUGAAAGAACCAUAGUAGAGUAUGAGGAGGAACUUUGUCGAACUAAAGAAGAAAACCAGAGACAAAGACAAAUACUGGACUGUGUUUGGAAUCCGAGAGUCCUGAUACACAAAACAGACGUCCAGCAGCACUUGGUGGUUAAAGAAGAGGUUCCUCCUGAGCAGCAGGAGUGGAAUCCCAUUGUAGACCAGGAGGAACCAGAACCAGAGCCCCCACACUUUAAAGAGGAACAGGAGGAACUUUGGACCAGCCAGGAAGUGAAUAUCACCAAGUUCCCAUCCACUCCUGUCCCUGUGAAGUGUGAAGAUGAUGAGUUUAAUCAAACACAAACUGAGGAUAACAAAAUGGAAGCAAAUAAAGUGGACUGUGGAGGAUCAGAACCAGCCAGCAGCUUUCAUCCACAUAGACAUUUACAAACAAAAACCGAAGAGCAGAUUGAAGACUCUGAGGAAACCGAGGACAGUGAUGAAGACCAGACCCUGAACCACAAACCUGAGUCAAAGCUUCCAACAAACAGUUCAAUUGAACAGAUGGAAACAGAAACUGAUGGAGACGACAGUGGAGGAUCAGAGCCAGACAUGAACCCGGUCCACAUGGAGAGUGUAAAGAGAAGAACCUUUGACAGUAAGAGUUUACUGGAGGAACACAUGGACACUCACACAGGACAGAAACUGGUCGGUUCUUCUGAAUGUGAAGCAACAUUUUCUCAGAAGAAAAACAUGACACAGGAAACCAACUCACCCAGAGACAUGAUGAAGAAUACUGUCUUGAGUCCAAGUGAUGGGGGAUGUGAAAAGAAACCAUACCACUGCUCUGUGUGCACAAAAACAUUCAGCCAGAAGUCACAUUUAGAAAUCCACAUGACAUCCCACACAGGAGAAAAGCGAUUCAAAUGUUCACUGUGUCACAAAUGUUUUAGACACAGGAGUAACCUCAAGAGACACAUGAGAGCCCACACAGGAGAAAAACUAUUUCAUUGUCCAGUUUGUCAAAAAAGAUUUAUCUGUAAUUCACAUUUAACUGGUCACAUGAUCAUCCACACUGGUGAGAAACCAUUUAGCUGUUCAGAAUGUGGUAAAAGAUUUACUUGGAAGAUAGUUUUGGAGCGUCACAUGAGGCUCCACACUGGUGAGAAACCAUUUAGUUGUUCAGAAUGUGGUAAGCGAUUUACGCGAAAGAUGGGUUUGGAGCGUCAUGUGAUGCUCCACACUGGUGAGAAACCAUUUAGUUGUUCAGAAUGUGGUAAGCGAUUUACGCGAAAGACGAGUUUGGAGCGUCAUAUGAUGCUCCACACAGGAGAGAGACCUUUCAGCUGUGGAGUUUGUCAGAAACGCUUCAGAUGUAAACAGCAUGUUCUGAUACAUAUGAAGAUCCAUACAAGAGGAUAGACAGAAUGUUGCAUGCACAGGAAUCAUAGAGACAAAAGAACAUAAAGAAGAAUGGUAGAGGAACAUUUUAGAGUGUAAUCUGCAUAAGUAAUUUCAACUAAAUGUUUUUUUGUAUAUUAAUUUUUCUUCAUUUUCUCUUUGGUGCCACCUUUUUAUUAAAUGAAUAAAAUAAAA